UCUAGACUUCUAGUUGCUAAUCAGAGUAAGCAAAGUUCAUCAUUUAUGUCAAUCUCCUUAGCUCAUUCUUGUAUUGAGCUAUUGAAUUCAAUCUUCUUCUCUGAUAGUAGUAAAAGUACUAUAGAUGCAUGUCUCAACCUACAUUGAAAACCCACCUCAAUUCCACCCACAAACGCCCCUCUAUUUCAUCACCUACUGUCCCCAUGAAAAAACCCAAAACUCAGGCCGCCGUUGCGUUCUCCGUCGACCCUUUAUCGCCGGAAACCAAUGCUGGAAGUGGACGCGCCACUUUGUUCCGCAAAAUACCCUUACCCACUCAGCCUACCAAAAAGUUUGUCAUCAAGCUUACUAAAGCUAAGCCGGCCCUGCCUACAAACUUUGAGGAGAAUACAUGGGCGAUACUGAAAUCAGCUAUUAGUUCCAUUUUCUUAAAGCAGCCAGAUUUUUGCUAUUUAGAAAAGCUUUAUCAGGCUGUCAAUGAUCUUUGUUUGCACAAGAUGGGGGGAAGUCUCUACCAACGUAUAGAAAAGGAGUGUGAAGCUCACAUAUCUAUCGCUUUACAAUCUUUGAUUGGCAAAAGUGAAGACCUGGGUGUUUUCUUAUCACUUGUAGGGAAAACCUGGCAAGAUUUUUGUGACCAAUUGUUAAUGAUACGAGGAAUAGCAUUGUAUCUUGACCGUACAUAUGCCAAACAAACUACAAAUGUAAAGUCAAUAUGGAAUAUGGGCUUGCAACUUUUCCGAAAGAAUUUGUCAAUAGCUUCAGAAGUUGAGCACAAAACAGUAUUUGGCCUUUUGAAGUUGAUCGACAAUGAGAGACUGGGUGAAGCAGUUGACAGGACAUUGCUUAGCCAUAUUCUGAAGAUGUUCACGGCACUGGGAAUCUACUCGGAGAGUUUUGAGAAGCCUUUUCUUGUAUGUACAUCAGAUUUUUAUGCAGCUGAAGGAGGAAAGUACAUGCAGCAAUCAGAUGUUGCAGAUUAUAUGAAACAUGUGGAGUUAAGAUUGCAUGAAGAGCAUGAUAGAUGUGUACUCUAUCUUGAUACUAGUACAAGAAAGCCAUUAUUAGCCACUGCUGAAAGACAACUCCUUGAGCACCAUAUUGAUGUGAUACCUGAAAAGGGUGGUUUUGUAAUGCUGAUCGAUGGUAGUCGAAUUCAAGAUCUCCAAAGGAUGUAUAUGCUCUUUUCUAGAGUAAAUGCAAUUGAAUAUCUACGAAAAGCCCUUGGUUCAUAUAUCCGAAAAACAGGGCAGGGCUUGGUAACUGAUGAAGAAAAAGAUAAAGACAUGGUAUUCUCCCUCUUGGAGUUUAAGUCAUCUCUUGAUAAAAUAUGGGAAGAUAGUUUCUCAAAGAAUGAUUCUUUUUGCUACACAAUCAAGGAAGCAUUUGAGUAUCUCAUUAAUAUCCGUCAGAAUCGUCCAGCGGAGUUGAUUGCCAAGUUUCUGGAUGAGAAGCUCCGUGCUGGAAAUAAGGGUACAUCAGAGGAAGAAUUGGAGGGCACUCUUGAUAAAGUCUUAGUUUUGUUCCGAUUUAUACAGGGUAAGGAUGUGUUUGAAGCUUUCUAUAAGAAGGACCUUGCCAAAAGGCUACUGCUGGGAAAAAGUGCAUCCAUUGAUGCCGAAAAGUCUAUGAUUUCUAAGUUAAAAACUGAAUGUGGCAGCCAGUUUACCAACAAACUUGAAGGAAUGUUCAAGGACAUCGAGUUAUCAAAAGAGAUAAAUGAAUCUUUCAAGCAAUCAUCUCAAGCUAGGACGAAACUCCUAUCAGGAAUUGAAAUGAGUGUUCAUGUCUUGACAACGGGGUAUUGGCCAACAUAUCCACUGAUGGAUGUUCGCCUUCCCCAUGAAUUAAAUGUGUAUCAGACUGUUGUUUUGAUGCUGUUCAAUGAUGCACAAAAGCUUAGUUUUGAAGACAUUAAGGAUGCUACAAGCAUUGAGGACAAGGAACUAAGGAGAACUCUGCAGUCCCUUGCUUGUGGGAAAGUUCGUGUUCUCCAAAAGGCUCCAAAAGGUAGGGAUGUGGCGGACAAUGAUUAUUUUAUGUUCGAUGAUGCAUUUACUGCUCCUCUUUAUCGUAUAAAGGUUAAUGCUAUCCAGCUGAAGGAAACUGUUGAAGAAAACACUAGCACGACAGAAAGAGUAUUUCAAGAUCGUCAGUAUCAGGUUGAUGCUGCUAUUGUAAGAAUUAUGAAGACCAGGAAAGUGCUGAGUCACACACUUUUGAUUACCGAACUAUUUCAGCAGUUGAAAUUUCCUAUAAAGCCAUCCGACCUAAAGAAAAGGAUAGAAAGCCUCAUCGACAGGGAAUACCUAGAGAGAGACAGAAACAAUCCUCAAAUAUACAACUACCUAGCAUAACAUAUGCUGCCUUUAUUUUAACAUAACAUGCGACAAUUGAGGUUCGAUUGCUUUGAUCCUCAUGUCUUUGUAUGUACGGAAUAACUUAUAUUUUCUAAUCGAUUUUGAGAAUUUCUAAUGAAAUGGUAUUGCUA